CCGCGGCCAUGGCGCGCAGCGCGGGGAGAGGGCGCCGAGCGGGGCUGCGCGCCUCUCCCCCCCGCCACGGAGGAGCAUUGCUGGAUGAAGGCUGAACCCAGGACUCUGAGCCAGGUGUCAGAGGAAAGUUGGAUUUCUUUGUGAGCAGCUCACACAGCAUCCGCAACAAGUACCCUUCCCCUUGCUGGCUCCUGGAGGUGCCAGCAUCCUUGUGCAGACAUGGCAUUUAGAAGGACAGAGGGAAUGUCCAUCAUCCAGGCCUUGGCCAUGACUGUGGCAGAGAUCCCUGUGUUUGUUUACACCACGUUUGGGCAGUCUGUCUUCUCUCAGCUGCGGCUCUCUCCAGGCCUGCGUAAGGUGCUGUUUGCUACAGCUCUCGGGACGGUUGCGUUGGCUCUUGCAGCUCAUCAGCUGAAGCGGCGUCGGCGUCGAAAGAAGCAGAUUGCUCCAGAGAAGUGUGGCUUUAAGCCUGGCGGGAUCACGGUGCCCAUCUUGCCAACCAGAAGGGUCUCCUCUGUCAAGAAAGGAUACUCCAGCAAGAGAGUGCAGAGUCCUGGCAGCAAGAGCAAUGACACACUCAGCGGGAUUUCCUCCAUUGAGCCCAGCAAACAUUCCAGUUCUUCCCACAGCCUCACCUCGAUGGCAGCAGUCAAUUCCUCAAGUCCAAUACCAGCAUCAGCAGGGAUGUGGGAGGCCCAGGUGAUGGGAGAUGCUGGAGCCAUUGGUGAUUCCAGUGCAGAAAGCCUCUACAUUCAAGGCAUGGAGCUGUUUGAGGAGGCCCUGCAGAAGUGGGAACAGGCACUGACCAUCAGGCAGAGGGACAGUAUUAGUACCAGCACUCCUGUGCCCUGGGACAGCAAGAAACAGCAAGAGAGCAUAUCUGAGAACAUCUCAGAGGAGGAGUCCCAGAAAAGGGAAUUUGCCGAGAAGCUGGAGUCCCUCUUGCACCGAGCCUACCAUCUCCAGGAAGAGUUUGGGUCUUCACUUCCAUCAGACAGCAUGCUGCUGGACCUGGAAAAGACUUUAAUGCUUCCAUUGACGGAUGGGUCACUGCGGCUACGGACAGAUGAUGAAGACAGCUCAACCUCGGAGGACUCCUUCUUCUCUGCAGCAGAGCUCUUUGACUCUCUCCACUUUGAGGAAAUGCCAUUCCACCUCUCUAAGCCAGUAGCAGCAUAUGAAGAAGCUUUGCAGUUAGUGAAAGAAGGGAAAGUUGCGUGCCGGACGCUGAGGACGGAGCUCCUUGGCUGCUACAGUGACCAGGAUUUCCUAGCAAAGCUGCACUGUGUCAGGCAGGCCUUCCAGGAGCUGCUGGAGGAUGAAAGCAAUCAAUUGUUUUUUGGGGAGGUUGGGAAACAAAUGGUGAUAGGACUGAUGACAAAAGCUGAGAAGAAUCCCAAAGCUUUUCUGGAAAGCUACGAGGAAAUGCUGCAUUAUGCACUGAAGCAAGAGACCUGGCCGACCACUCAGCUGGAGCUGGAGGGAAGAGGGGUGGUGUGCAUGAGUUUCUUUGAUAUUGUGCUGGACUUUAUCCUCAUGGAUGCUUUUGAGGAUCUGGAGAACCCGCCCUCCUCCGUGCUGGCUGUGCUGCGCAACCGCUGGCUCUCCGACAGCUUCAAGGAGACAGCUCUAGCAACUGCCUGCUGGUCAGUUCUGAAAGCAAAAAGGAGGCUUCUGAUGGUACCAGAUGGUUUUAUCUCUCAUUUCUACUCCGUAUCGGAGCAUGUCAGUCCUGUUCUAGCCUUUGGUUUUCUGGGGCCCAAGCAGCAGCUAUCUGAAGUCUGCAGUUUCUUCAAGCACCAGAUAGUACAAUACCUAAAGGACAUGUUUGAUUUGGACAACGUGAGAUACACAACAGUGCAGUCGCUGGCAGAAGACAUUCUGCAGCUCUCACGGCGGCGCAGUGAGAUCCUCUUGGGAUAUCUGGGCACUGAGACUUCCCCGGAGAUGAACGGCAUGCUUCCUGGUGAAAAUGAGCCGCUGAAGGAGCUCAUCUGAUCUGUCAGGGGAGGAAAACAGUUUUGUACAAGGACCUUUCUCCUUCCAGAGAUGGAUAAAACUACCUGCAACGUGCUGUGGUGGCAGUGAGACUUCACACGCAGCAACCUGGUGGGACCUUCUGCUUUGUGUAGCCGGUAGUGUUUGCUGGGAUGGAUCCAGGACCACUUGCCAGCUUAUGGUUUGAAUUUCUUGUUUUGUUCCACCAUUCUGUUCUUGUUAUUUUUAAUGUGUCAUAUGAACCAUGCCUGGGCCCAGGUUUUUGCACAAUUCCCUUGGCUAGGGACAACAUACACGCACCCAUUCACCCGUGUGUUCUCUGGGAGGUAACCCCUGAUGUUUACGGUUGUGUGUGGGAGCAGGAACAUCAUUGGUAAAUUCUGCACUUGACCAUUAGCUUCUUGAAGAGGCUUUGUUUGCUUUGGGGUUUUAAUUAUUGUUCUUCUCUGCUGUGUUGCUACAGACAUUACUGCUGAUUUUUACCUUUAGGUGUUUUAAUACAUGCAAUGUGACUAGCAAAGGUUUCUUUCCCGAGGAGGAAGAAAUACUUCUGUAAAGCGCUGAAGUAAAAUGCAGACUUCUGUAACCAGUCUGAAGCUCUAAGGAAGUUGGUCUGUUCCCUCGAUGUUGCUGCUGUUUUCAGGCCAGAUGACAGGCUCUGUGCCAUGGUCAUCCACCCUUAGGAGAUUGCUGAGGUCUAUGUUUGCCCCUAAGGCAAGAUAUUGUGAGAAAGGGGUGGAUUUGCAUCCUGCCUGUGCAUGCACAAAGUCUUUAAUGUCUGUCAAAGUGCCUUGCUGCAUUUCAGUAUGAGCCAUUAGCAGGUUUUGCUAGGUAGGAGGUGUGGGGUGUACACAAGCAGAGGGAAUUGAUGUACUGUGCUGCUUAUUCCUUCAUGCACAACGUAGUAAGAGGUGUAGAUGGUGGAUGUGAUGUACAAAAGGGGUUAUGUGUGCAGGCAGCUGGAGAGCUGGGAUCAAGCUGGUGGAGAGGAAAUGACUCAUGAUAGUCUGUCAGUCCUAAGAAACAUAGCAUGGUUUUGGGUAUAGAUCAGAUGCAUGUGUAUGUGUGCCCUUGUAAUGCUGAGACAGGCUCUUCUCAAAUGAUGUGAUCCUGCCUGCAUAGCCAGCACCUGAAACCUGGCUGCUCUGGGACAUGUGCUGAGUUGGAUGCUAGCAUAGGAUAGCACUAGUGUUGCAUGCUGGACUUGAAGAGUCCUGGCUUGUGUGAGGUUUGUGGUGAUUGACUGAGUCCUCUCUGAAUGCAGUACUGUGGAUGAAGGUCGAAGGUCCAGCCUGUGCUUUCUCCUGGUUUAAUCCACAGACAGCUCCAAGUCCCAGCCUCAGAACAAGGAGGUAUUCAGGGAGAAGAAAAUGAGGACUUUCACAAAAACAUGGGCUUCACUGUUUAUUCUCCAGACCUGAUUAGUUAUCCCUUCUGUCUGUUCUAGGUAAAAGGCAUAAGUGUUAUCUAGCCAUUCUUUGUAAGGGGGACCAGAAAAUGUAAGCAUCUGGAGAUUCCAUGUGAGUGGAAAGUCAGUGCAUGGGCUUGGAGAACACAAAUGUCUUCUUUCUUCCUUCUAGGAUAUCUAAUGUGGAUUCUGCUGGUAAAAGCAGGAAGGAAAUAAGCAGGGAAAAAUUAAACAGGAGGAUGUCAAAAGAGUAGAUAAAUGCUUCUGAGAUGCUUGCAAGAGGGUAAGUGUAGAGUACGUAACAUCUGUUGCUUUAUAAGCGCACCAGCCUGAUGUGGCUUAUCCUGAAGACCGAAUUAAUGCUGUAAACAAGACAGUGCUGAAGCAGAGGUGAGGAGCAGCUGACCCAAGUGAGGCUGCAUGAAAUAAGCUAUUAUGAGGAGGCUUUAAGAGGCAGCAAUUGAAUCUAGGAGAGGUCUCUGAGGUGUUUUGCUACUGGCAGCAUGAUGUGAGAGAAGGAACAGUGGAUGUUGUAUUAGCAUGACACACCUGCUCUGUGUAAAUGUGAUUCAAAAAUGUGUUAUAUUAUAAAAGCAAGUUACUUGUGGGGGGGGAGUUUAUAGUACUUUAUGUUCUUAUGUGGCUGGUUUAGAAGAACGAGUAACUUCAGCAGCUUUGUAUAAUGGUUAAAAAGAUGCUAAAAUGUGAAGGUUAAUGUAAUAAUACAGAUUGUAAUUCUAAAGAAUCAAUGCUGUUAAUUUCUCA